GACGUCUCCGCAUUAAGUUGUGUCAAGUUGUUGGAGCAGCCGACUGACUGUUGAUCCAAACGGAGGAGUGUCUUCGUUCGCCCAGAAUGUCUCGACGAAUGUUUUCACACACGGACGUUUAGGAUUAACUCAGCUGAGCCAAACUUUCCAAACACUCGUUCAUUAACUUCAUGAGCAUCGGACACAACCAGGGCGGAUAUAAACAAUGUUUUCUGUCAAAGCUACAAAACCAACUUUUAGGAGUUACCUUCCUCCUCUCCCGACUGAUGUGAAGACAACUGUUGCACCAUCUGUUAAAAAGUUGGAGCCCACAUUACUUCCAGGAGAGAUAGUAGUUAAUGAAGCUCUCUUUGUGAAAAAGUGCAUCAGUGCUGAGAGCAGCCAAAACGAUCUGUGGGGGAAGUUGAUAUGCACCAACUUUAAGGUCUCCUUCAUUCCUCAAGAUGUUCCACCUAAGAAGCAGAAAUCCAAUUUGCCCCACCUGCUGCUCGGAGAGCAUGACAUCCCGCUGACUUGUCUGGAGCAAGUAGUUACAGUUAAUGAUACAAAGGGGAAGAAGAAAGUUCUGGGCUCCAACCAGAAACUAAAAUUCAACCCCACAGAGCUUAUUCUUUACUGCAAAGACUGGCGUAUUAUACGGUUCUGCUUUCACGAGGCUGGGCCCGAGGCUUCCAAAAAAGUUUGCCUUGCUAUUGCCCACUAUUCCCAUCCAGCCGAUCUUCAGCUGCUGUUUGGCUUUGAGUAUCAAGGGCAGCGAUACCAUGAAUGUAAAGAAAAGCAAGUCAAUGGUUCAAACCCAAGAGGCGGAUUACAGACUCCUAUUUUUAACCGCUCAUCUGACUGGGAUCGGGAAAUCAAGAGAACCGGCGCUUAUGGGUGGAGGGUCUGCUCCAUCAACGAACAUUAUGUCAUCUCGUCAAGCCUUCCAGAGCACUUUGUGGUUCCAGUUUCUUUGGCAAAUCAAGAUCUGGAGCACUUUGCUUCAUUCUUCAUCGAUGGUCGCCUCCCUAUAUGGUGCUGGAAUCACCCUAAUGGGAGCGCUCUUGUCCGCAUGUCCAUCAUAACUGAACAGUUAAGUCAGAAGAAGAUCGAUCAAAGAAUCUUCAAUGCGAUCAUCAAGAGCCACCCACAGAGCGGCGAACUCAACAGGUUGGACAUGGAGAAAAGUUUGCCUGAUAUCCAGGACAUCCAAACGGCUUUUGUUAAACUCAAGCAGCUCUGCAUCUUAGAUCCUUUUGAGGAGACGGAGGAGAAAUGGCUGACCUGCCUUGAAAACACACGAUGGCUGGAGUACGUCAGGAUGUUUUUGAAACAAGCGGCAGAAGUCGUGUACUACUUGGAUGGAAAGAAUACCUCUGUUGUUCUCCAAGAGGAAGAAGACCGAGACCUCAACUGUGUGGUGUCCUCACUGGUUCAAAUCAUGUUGGACCCUCACUACCGCACCCUGAUGGGCUUUCAGAGUUUGGUGCAGAAGGAGUGGGUGAUGGCUGGCCAUCGCUUCUUGGAAAGAUGCAACCAUCUGAAGAAAAAUGACAAAGAGGAGUCCCCACUGUUCACAUUGUUCCUGGACUGCGUGUGGCAGAUGAUGAACCAGUACCCAGUGGCAUUCGAGUUCUCAGAGGCCUAUUUGAUUGUAUUGAAUGACAGCAUGUGGGUCCCGCUCUUCAGUACUUUUCUCUUCAGUUCUCCUAAACACCGUUCUCAGGUCUUAAUGGACUUUGUAAAGAGUAAAGCCAUCCCUCAAGGAGAAGACCAGGGUGUGAUUUUCCCUCCGGUUUGGGAGUGGUCACAGCAGUUCUCCAACAAAGAGCAAGCCCUGUUUACCAACCUCCUCUUUGUUGGCAGAGGAGCUACCUGUGUACAGAAGGGAGAAGUUAAAGGCUUCAGACGCAUAAAGAAAGCCUACAGUUCCUCAGUGCGAGGACCAACCACGUCACAGCAGAAUGGACAAAGGGAGGCUACAUUGUCCCGGCAGAGCUCCCUGAACUCGGAGCUAAAGACUGAAUUCUCAACAGAUGAAAGCCCAUCGGAACGCUACUUCAGGGACUGGUUUUCUCGGCCCGUUAACCUGCAGGGCCUUCUGAUUCCCGUGCUCCUGCCAACACAUGUGGUUGUCUGGAAGCUCUUCUUUCUACGCUGGGUUCCUGAGUCCUGCAUAACUAAAGGAGGCCCCGCUGCAUACUACAACAGGCUUUUUCAACUGACCAAUGAGAUUGAGACACUUCAGAAUAAAGUCAGGCAAUACAAAGGACCCGCUGCAGAGAACAGUCCACUUCCAAGCCCAAGUGGACCCCCUUCAGACCAAAGAAGUCUGUAUUUAAAGGCCAGUUCUCCAGACGACCCACCUACAGAUCCAGACGUCCUUACCUCCUCCUUUCCUUACAGCCCUGAGGGAAACCUGUGCUGGCGAAGUGUCCAAGGGACUCCCAUUAGCAAAUUUCUGACCGGGGCAAGGACCUGGCUCUCAACGGAGACUCUUGCUAAUGACACUUUCUGAAGAUCAUGGUUAUCUUAUCUUGAUUUUGUUCUGAUUAACUAAAUGCUAAAAUGUGCACCAUUGAGG